AUGUCGUCCUCCGAACCCUCCCUCAAAUCUAUAAAACCAGAAAAUGCGGCCCCAGAACUGGAUGUCACCAAGCUACAUGCCCUCCCCUCCGAACAACAGGACCUCUACCUGCUCACCUUCACCUCUGAUCUGGUGCAGUUUAUAUGUGGUCUCGAACCCGCACAGAUCUCAGCACAACAAAAAUCCUUGAAAAAGGAAUUGUUCAAGAUCUUGACCCUCACCUCCCCGACCAUCACGCGAGUCCUCCGCAACAAUAUAGGCCGAUGUUUUGGAACUAUUCUUGGCAAAGGGGAUCGCGGGAUCCUCUUCGAGACGAUUACCGACCUACUUGCCAUACUGAAUGCUAGUAAAAGUGAAGCAGAUGUGAAGACCAAGUUCGCAGCGGUGCAUUGUCUGGGUGAGGUGUUCGCCACAGCGGGCGAAAGUGCAUUCAUGCAAUCCAACAUCGCAACAAGUGGUACGAUAAAGCUCCUCAAGUCAGCUAGUAACCACACUGGAUUGCAUGGUGUUAUCUUCUCGGUUCUCCGCAAGAUUGUGGUGGGCAUUGGUGUCCCCAUUGACGAGGCAACUGCCCGUGAUAUCUGGAAGCAGGCGCGCAAUGCGGCGACUGGUGAUAAGUCAACCUUUGUGCAGAUACAUGCGUGUCGCUGCUUGGAGCAAUUGAUCAACACCACACCCUUCUUUGAUAAUGCGAAUGAUUUCGAGGUUCUUAAGACCAUCGUGUGGAAGAUUAUCGAUAGCCCCACCCCACCAGUCCGACAUGCAGCAGCAGCUUGUCUGGGGCGGGCUUUGAUUAAGCUACAUGUUACGGAUACUCAUGUCAUUGCAGCGCCAAAGCCUAAGUCAAAGAAAGCUAAGAGAUUGUCAAAGAUGCCUGGUGCUAGGCCUGGAGAGGAGGAGGAGGCGGAAAUGUCUGAGUCUUCUAUUGCACCAAAGAAGACUGAGUCUCGUCUAUUCUUUCUCCUUCCAGAUCUCCUGCGGCAGUUGUCCUCGCAAUAUUUAAAGAGCACGACUUCUAAUCGCGCCCGCGCUGGUAUCUGUAUCUGCUACAAGUACAUUCUGCGCAAUCUGGGUGACAAAAUUGUCGAGGACCGAUAUGGGCAGAUUGCUACAAAUUUGCUCAUUGAACUGUUGAAUCACCCCACAGUAACAUACAAUCGAUUCCGUCUGCUCAUGACUAGAAGAUUUGUGAAGACCAUUCUUGAAGACACUAUCGGUCGUGAAAUGCUCCAGGAGAGUAGCCAACUGAAUGCUGCCAAAUGGAUCAUAAACGAGAUCUUGAAAGACUACCCACAAGUCAUUCAAGAGCGUCGUGAGCCCAGCAAAUACACUUUGACAAGUGCCGUUAGCACCUUGUCGUCUUUGAUCUCAUCACUCGGGUCCGCAUUUGGUGUCCAUGCUGAUGCAUGCCGGGAUGCUUUGCUUCAAGUUUUGCCGCAUCCUAGCUAUACCGUCCAGAUCCAUACAGCACAUUGCUUGCGCAGCUUUGUCUUGGCCUGUCCUCAUCACUUAAUUUCUUGUGUCACAAUUUGCAUGAACAGCCUCAACCGAGAAAUUGGACAUCUUGCAACGCCGCGACAAUCACCCCGUCGAUGUGUAGGAUACGCGAAUGGCCUCUCAGCAAUGCUGAGCACAUCUCGUCUCCAGCCACUUUAUGGUGCUGUGGAUGUUUUUGCGCGGGUUUUCUCCCAGGCCACAGAUCUUCUCAAGACUAGCGGCACGUCGGAGCUUCGUGUUGCAAGCACCCAAAUUCAAGUUGCAUGGAUCUUGAUUGGUGGUUUGAUGCCCCUCGGACCCAGUUUUGUCAAGAUUCAUCUUUCCCAACUGAUGCUGCUAUGGAAGAAUGCUUUGCCAAAACAUCUGAGCAAGGAGAACUCCGCUCAGCCCAGUACUCUAGAAACCAGUUUCCUCGCCCAUGUUCGGGAGUGUGCCCUCAGUGCCCUUCUUGUUUUCAUGGAGUUCAAUAGUAAGCUCAUUACUGCAGAUGGAGCCAAGAGGAUUGCUAGCAUGCUGCAGAACACAGUUGAGUUCCUGGAUGACCUGCCGCGCCCCAAGUCUAUGGAAGAUAUCUCCCAGCGGCUUCACCCUUCUCUUAAAUUGCACGACUUUACCACAAUGGUCCGUCGUCGAGUCUUACAGUGCUUCUCAAAACUGGUCCAUGUUCACCAUCCCAGCCAUGGCGAUAUUAUUUCUCAGUCCAGUCUACUCAGCCUUGCUAUCUCUUCCUUCGCGGAUCCCGAUGCGCAGUAUAGGCCGCUGGAAAGCUCAAUCGCAGCUUCAACAGGGCAAUUUGAUGGACUGUGGGAUUUAUGCGACAAUUACGGCUUUGGCGUUACUGGACUUGCACGCGAGUAUAUCCACGCUGCCUUGUCCGGGACCCAUGGAACUGACAGCACCCCUGCUUGGUCAUCUAUUGAGUCAGCAGACGAGGCCGUCGAUAAUGCUUUGACAUUUCCUGUUUGCCAAGCUAGUGAGUAUGACUCGGUGCUUCUUUACAACCUGCGAGAUGGCGAUUCUCUCUGUGUUGACCCACCAACUACUGGUGUAGUCAACUCUGCAAUUGACCUUUUCUCGGUCGCUAUUGCUCUUCACUCUCCUAAGAUCCAAGAGAGCAGCGUGGAGCAGAUCGCUACGUUUUUGUCAUCACCCGGUCUUCAAAGGAAUCCAGGAAGAAAAGCAGCGCUAGCUGUCAAUAUUUCCGUUGCUCUCUUGCAUGCCUUGAAAGUAGCCGUCAAGGAGACUGACUUUGUGGCUGGGAAAUUGAGUACAUCAACGGACAAGAUCUUGCAAGAACUGGUCCAAAAGUUCACUAUCGACACUGAUCCCAUUGUACGGACAAUCGGUGUGGAAGCUUUGGGACGUCUCUGUGAUAGCGCAGGAAAUGCUUGCACUAAUACACAGGUUAACUGGCUUGUUGACACCAUUGUCGCAAACAGAGAGCCCAAUGCUCGGGCUGGUUGCGCUGCUGCUCUUGGUUGCAUCCACGCCCAAGUUGGUGGUAUGGCAGCUGGUCUGCAUCUCAAGACUAUCGUCGGGGUGCUCUUGUCUCUUUGCAAUGACCCUCACCCAGUCGUCCACUUCUGGGCUCUUGGUGGACUUGAACGAGUGGCUAAUUCUGCUGGCUUGACAUUCUCACCAUUUGCCUCCAGCUCAUUAGGCAUGCUGGCUCAGUUGUACAAUGCCGACACGCAUAAUGAAGAAUGCGCAUCAUUAGCGACAUCAAAUAUCGAGAUGUCGUUCUUGACCCCGGUGGUCAUCAGUCGAUGUGUUGAUUCCCUCAUCAACGUUCUUGGACCAGACUUGCAAGACAUUGCAAAGACCCGUAACCUCAUUCUGACCCUUCUCCGUCAAUUCCAGCUAGAGGACAACCCAGCCCUGGUAACUGAGAGCUCUAAGUGCUUGGAUCACUUUUCUCUCUAUGCCUCCAGCUACGUGGACUUCCCUGGGUACGUUAAACGCUUGCAAAAGGAGUUGCGGGCAAACCAUCAAUUCAUGCGAAAUGUGGCUGUCCGUGGUCUCAGCAAUCUAAUGAAGCGUGAUGCCCCAUCCGUUGUCCAGACUGCAAACGAGGCCCUCGAGGACGAUAUAUGGCUUGCAUUUGAUGAUGCCCCCGACAAUAUUCCACUCAAAACCAUGAUUCAAGAAUGGCUUCAACAGACGGCUCUCACCGAAACUGAAAUUUGGAUUCAACGCUGCCAGAACAUCAUGACCAAGACCCGCAACAAGGUAGAAAUUCUACCUAUGACAGCUAUCCAGACUGCAGCGGCAGAUAUGCCCGAUGACGAAGUUGCUGGGUUUGCUUCUGCGGUCGCUGGAGACGGACAGGGCGAUGCUGCCAACGGGGCUAUUACUGGCCAGGAGUUACUCAAGUGGCAGACCCGCAACUUCGCAAUGGCAUGCCUCUCUGAACUCCUGGCAACUGUUCAAGAAGCCAUUCUUCCAGAUCAAACCAUUCCAGCAGAGCUGGCACUUCAGUCCAAGGUUGGAGACAUCGUCAGAAUGGCGUUCUCGGCGUCGACUGCCGGCGUAAUUGAGCUUCGUGUUUGGGGGAUGUUUGGAAAGACUCCAGACCCGGACUUUGCCGAAGCAUCUUUGCUGGAACAAUACCAAGCUCAGAUUGGAUCCGCGCUCACUCCCGCAUUUGCAGUAGACUCAUCCCCUGAGCUCGCUUCAGAGGCAAUCAAUGUGUCAGCCACAUUCAUAGCCACGGGAAUUGUGACCAAUGUGGAUCGCAUGGGACGAAUCCUCAAACUCUUAGUACUUGGUCUUGAGAACUUUGCCAAAAAUCCUGAAACUACCGAGAUCGGCGAUCUCAAGGGCUUGAACUCCAAUGCCCGGGUGAUGGUUAAGCUGGCGCUGUUUUCAGCUUGGGCUCGACUUCAGAUUGCCAGUAUUGAGCAGGAAUAUCUGAACCAGGUUGUUCAACCCUAUCUUGCUAAGCUCACACCCCUGUGGCUGUCCUCGCUGCAAGAAUACGCUCGAUUGCGUUUUGAGCCCGAUAUCUCCGGCGCGUUGGGUACGAGCACACAAAGUGAUGAUCUCGACGAGGUCUAUGCAGCACUCAAUCGUGAAACUUUGCUCAAGUUUUACCAAGACACUUGGCUCAAUCUAGUCGACGCCAUUGCUGGGCUGGUUGAGAAAGACAUUGAUUUUGUCUUCGAUGCCUUGGAUAGCAAGUUAGUUCAGCCAGAAGAGGCUGAUAGCUCCGAAAAUGCCAAGGAGAAGGAAACAGAAGGCACGGCUGAUGAUGAAUCUAAAGGCAAGGGCCAUGAUAUCAACUACCGCGAGGAGCCAGUUGCCUUCUUCUUCGUUCUAUUCGGCCUUGCUUUCGAGUCUUUGGUUGAUCAAUCAACCUCGCCUUCUCAGAGGCUGGAUAUUCUCCAGGCACUCAAGAGGAUCUUACGGCCCGUCAUCUCUGGCAAUGCCAUCUACCAAGAUGCUAUUUUCUCGGAAACCAUGGAUACCUUUGAUCGACUUGUUCUGACUGAAACUACGCCCAUUCAAACUGUGAUCGUUGGAAUCGCACAGAAUCUGUCUCUUGACCACCCAGCAGCACAAAGUGACCAGGAACGAAGUGAUCAUCUUUCGGAUGACAUCGAACAGCUAUUCGAGCUGACCAGAAGUAUCAUUCUGGUUCUUGCAGGCAUGCUCCCCAACCUUCGUGAAUCUACGCCCCUGGCACGUUUCAACGUUUCCUCGGACGAGUCACUUGCGCUUAUCCGCAUGGCACUUAGCUCUCUGGUUGAUGUAGCUUCUGUCUUUCCUUCCAUCAUUCGCAAUGAUCUCCAUGCCUGUAUCCUGCACAUUUUUACUACCAUACUUGCCACAGGAAUCUGUCAGGCAGAGGUUGUCCCCCAGGCAUUACCGAUUUUCCGUCAAUUCAUUCACGGAAUUACCCAUUCUCCCGAGGUCCAGGAGGAUGUGGACGUGGUGGCUUUCCAGAUGCGAGGCUGCCUUACUCGUUUCCUGACUAUUCUUACGAUUGCCCAGCGUCGAGAAUCAGAGACUUCCAUGCCCUGCGCGAAGAAUACGCUACUGGCAAUUACUUUCCUGCUGACAGCCGGCGGACAUGUUCUGCCCCCACAAGAUCCGCUUAUCAGCCGUGUUCUUAAUGAGCUUCUCGAUUGUCUCCAGGAUGUUGGUCUCGCUACUGUUGCGGCAAGCUGCCUCCGUUCCAUCGUUCUCAAGCCAAACCCCCGAUACACAACGGACGAUGUGAUAUCCCGGUAUCUCAUUCCACGUUUAAUCGCUUUCAUUGUCGGUUGUCCCUUGGAUAAUGGCGAAGUACCCAACGAUCCAGAGAAUUCGCGAACAGUCAUUGCUCGCACACUUGUGUCCUGUGUGACCAGUGCGACAUUCUCGCCAGAUGAAGUCCCCACUGCCGUUUCUCUAGUCAUGUCUGCAUUGUUAGCUCGUGCAAGUCGUGAAGGCCAGCCUGUAUAUCAAGAAUCUGCGGGUCAUUUGCUAGAACUAGCCAAGGCCGACCAGCUCAGUUUCCGAACUUUGGUCACGACCAUGAAGCCAGAGCAGAAGUCACUUCUGGAGGAAGUUCUUCGCAGUGCAGGUAUAGGAGCCGGUGCUUCGAGGUCGGGUGAACAAAACGAUAACACGCAACAAGCUGCGCCGACUAUUGCUCUUCGCAUGGAUUUUUAG